AUGGAGUUGUGGAACAAAGCUCGAAGCUUUGCAGAAGAAGCAUCGAAACGAUCGCAAGACCUUUCCUUGGGCGCUCACAAAUUCACCGAAAUCAUAGCAGAAACUACCAAGGGGAUCGCGGCACAAGCUCAAGCUUCCGUGCACUUGGCCGAAUCUUCAUUCAAUAAGGAUGUCGAUGUUGAUCUCAAUCUUGAGAGUUUCGGUAUCACCGAUGAAUUGAGGGAGUUCAUCAAAGGAAUCACCGUCGCUACAUUCCGAGAUUUCCCUCUUCAAGAUGAUACAGAACUGUCUGAUGUUCCUGCAGUUUCAAAUAUUAGGCAGGAUCUAACCGAGUGGCAGGAAAAACAUGCCAAACUUGUUCUUUCUACUGUCAAGGAGAUUUCAUUAUUGAGGUAUGAGCUGUGUCCACGUGUUAUGAAAGAGAGGAAGUUUUGGAGAAUAUAUUUUAUACUCAUGAAUAAUCAUAUUGCACCCUAUGAGAAUCGGUCUAUGGAAGAUGCUAAACUAAAAUCAUCCGAACGAGUUAAAGAUCAAAUAGUGAUGAAACCAUUAGAAGUUGAAUUAACCUCUAAUCAAGAAGUCAAUGAAAUGAAAAAAGAGACCAAAACAUCAAAUUCAUCACGCCAUCAAGACUUGGAUGCAUUCCUUCUGGGAGAUACAGAAGACAGUGAUGAUGACCCAGAUGACGAUGAUGGUGGAUUUGAUGAUGACUUAGACAAACUGGGAGAAAGUUUGGAAGAUGAGAAAGAAAAGGCAUAA